AAAGAAGCAUGAUGUGUUUGUGCACAAAAAUUGCUUUGCUUUUGAUUAUAUUUUCAGUGUGUGGCAGAGCAGCCCCAGUACAUCGUAGGGGAGGUUUACAUCGCUCUGCUGCCGCUGAUGCCCCAUCCGUGUAUUAUGCUGAGGAGGAGCAGGUUCCUGUGACAGCUCCUCCAGAUGACGUAUUAUAUUCGGAUGAUGACGUGGAACGCGCCUGGGAGAAGAAGGUCCUACAUGGUUUAGUUAACGGUUCUGUAGCUGGCAGACGAUCGGUGCCAAGGACCAAACCGACCAAGGUUAUACCAGCUGAUGUGAAAUUCUUGGAAGGAUUUUUGGUUGUGUUUGUUCCAGUGGCAAUAUUGCUUGCAGGAUGUGUCAUUUACUGGAGAUAUGGCAAAUGGGUGACAACGCGUGAAAGAGAUAUUGAGAAGAAUGAGGAAGGUGCUACAAGACCACAAGCACCCACCACCACAUCCUCUGUUUCUAUCAAGGCAUCCACCGCAAUGACCUUCACCCGCACCUCCAUGACUGGAACCACCUCGACCAUCACCAACUCCUUCCCAGACAUGCUGCCAGGGCCACCUUCAUGGAUGGCAGCAUCUGUCAUGCAGACUGCAGUGUAAGAAGCCCAGUGAGACCUUCAUCAUCUGUCUCCCCGCGUUCCAUACCAACCUGCUUCCUGCAGUCUGCCAUUCCAGUGCCAGCAUGCCCAGGGCCAGUUCUAGACCAAGCGGAGCCAAGGAGCUAACAUUUCCCUUGGCGCCCCCUCCCCCACAAAAAGAACAUAUCUUAGUUUGAGCAGAACAAUAUGUGGUGGAAGCCCCAAACCAUCGGCUGCUGCACUGUUUGAUGUCUUAAUAAAUUGAGAAUUUGAAAAAUCA